UCGCUGUGGAUUGUAUUAAAUUUCAAAUUUAGAUUUGGGAAUUGAACUAAUUUUAUCGAUCUGGGUUCUUGUGUACCUUUAGUAUCCUCGUUUCCAAUUGAUUGGCCGACAAACUUACGAUCAGACAUCACCGAUUCUUCCCAGUUUGUCUUAUUUAUGUGUACACGAAGUUGCUCGGUGGCUACCUUUAAGUAAAAUUAACGUUUUUGAGUUUUACAGCUUUGUUUGAUAUUAGGUGUUCGCUGUGAAGAGUUUUAGAACAGAGACGAAAUGGGAAAUGUAUUUUGCUUGGUUCGGCCCCGUUUAGAGAUUCGGGAGUUUCUUAGCUGGGCUUCCUUGAAUACAAUUUUUUGGCAAAAGAGAUCAUGUCGACGAAUUCAACCGAGAAGUAAAACACAUUAUCGUUUGGAAGUUAAUAGAGUGGCGGUACUCUGUUCGUCUGGUUUGAGUGACAAACCAUUGGCGCAUUAUGAUAAUGUGAAAAUUAUUUAUUCUGUAGCUGCUGCCACUGGUCAUAAUAAGGAAUCUCAUCCAGAAUGUCAUCUUAGGGUUCCUGCAAUUGUGAAUGCUCUCGAAAAUAUGGAACUCACACCUAAGUUUCAAGGCUCAAAUGUUAUUGAACUUCAAAAUUACAAACCUGCUUCAUUUGAUGACAUUGUGAGCGUUCAUUCAAAAGCCUAUGUAGCAGGCCUUGAGAAGGCUAUGGAUAAGGCUUCUCAGGAUGGACUUAUUUUAAUUGAAGGCUCUGGACCAACAUAUGCCACUGCCACUACAUUUAAGGAAUCCCUAGUUGCAGCCGGAGCAGGAAUUUCGAUAGUUGAUUCAGUGGUCACAGCAUCCAAAACCUACAAGGAUCCGCCAAUUGGUUUUGCAUUGAUAAGACCUCCGGGACAUCAUGCAGUACCCAAGGGACCAAUGGGAUUCUGUGUUUUUGGGAAUGUAGCUAUUGCUGCUCGUUAUGCUCAACGUGUGCAUGGACUGAAGCGUGUUUUUAUUAUAGAUUUUGAUGCUCACCAUGGGAAUGGAACAAGUGAUGCCUUCUACGAUGAUUCGGAUAUAUUAUUUCUUUCAACUCACCAAGAUGGGAGUUACCCUGGAACUGGUAAAAUUGAUGAGGUUGGUCAUGGAAACGGUGAAGGAACGACUUUGAAUAUUCCUCUACCGGGAGGCUCAGGCGAUUCUGCAAUGAAAACGGUGUUUGAUGAAGUAAUUGUACCUUGUGCUCAAAGAUUUAAGCCUGAUAUCAUUCUCGUCUCUGCUGGGUAUGAUGCUCAUGUAUUAGAUCCAUUAGCCAGUCUGCAAUUCACGACAGGAACAUACUACAUGCUCGCAUCCAAUAUUAAGCAACUGGCCAAGGAUUUAUGCGAGGGUCGAUGUGUAUUUUUUCUGGAAGGGGGUUACAACCUCAAGUCCCUUUCAUACUCGGUGGCGGACUCGUUCCGUGCAUUUCUUGGCGAGCCGAGCUUGGCAUCGGAGUUUGAUGACCCUGCAAUGUUGUAUGAAGAACCAUCAACCAAGUUUAAGAAAGUGAUCCAGAGAGUGAAACAAAUACAUUCACUUUAAACUUCUUUUGAACCUUUGUGUAAUUUGUUCAAUAUUUAUUGUAGCGCUUUCUAAUUCUGUGGCUGUCGUGAAGUAGGUUUUUUUUUCUUUUCUUUUUUUAGUACAAUAUUUGGAGCGGAGAUCGAACUCGCAACCUCUUAGUUGGAGAUAUAUGUCAAUUAACAUUGAACUA